UGGUGGGGCUCUGGGAGGAGAGCGCGUUGCAGCCCGGGCUGUGCUGGGCAAACGGCGCCCAACGACGAAGGGGAACGGCUGCUGAGUCGCCGGGGAGCCCGGAGACGGAGGGCGGGCGCGCGCGCGGACCGGACUCCUGCCGGCACCCCGGGAAAGGGGCGGGGUCCCUCCGACGCAAUCCCGCGGAUACUCCCGCAAGACAUUAACCGGUUCAAAUCGGGUGCCUCCUGUAAGACGUGGACGGCGAGGAAGGCUGGAGUUUGGGCUAGCAUGUAAAAAGGGGAGCCCGGCCCAGGGAUCCUGGGAGAGACAGACUUCUGGCCCCCUUGGGUCACUUUGGGAAUGAGAAGUACCCAAUCCUAAAGCAACCGCCGAGGGCCUCAGAAGUUGCAGCACUGGCCCUGGGCUGGAGGGUGCGCAUCCUUCUUGAAGCCUGAUGCUGCUGCCCAGCACCCUCCUCUGCUCUGAAGGGAAUGCAGCUGUGCCCCAGUCACAGCUGGAGCCCCUCUGUGCCCAGCAGACACCCCCCUGGUAGCUGGAUAUAGAGAAGAGCUGGACUUUGUGGCGCAGGGAAAGGGGAAACACCCUCUUUGGCCCAGCUGGAGGCCGGUCUGGGAAGACCUCCAUAAGGAUGCUGGCCGGAUGGAGAGAGCUGUCUACAGGGAUCAGUGCUAUACUUUGUUGCCUCCUCUUCUUCUGGCUCCUGUACUCUCACCCACCCAAGGAAGGAAAGGAGCUGGUGGUUGGGACGUGUGAAAUCACAGCCUUGGACAGAGAUAUGAGCCAUCCCAAGAGGAUGAUUGCCAGGCAGACGGCACGCUGUGCUUGUAGGAGGGGCCAAGUUGCCGGAACAACGAAAGCAAAACCUGCCUGUGUGGAUGCCCACAUCAUUGUCAACAAACAGUGGUGCGGGAUGGAGCCCUGUGAUGAUGGGGAGCAGUGCUCUUUGCUAAUCAAUCGUUCAGGCUGGAGCUGCACUAGGCAACUGGGACGAAUAAAAACAGUCACGGUCUCCUGACAGCAAUUGUGCACCUGCCUGUGAGAGUAAUUUCUCCACUCCCUGCGUAAUGAAGCUGCAGUUCAGAGGUCAUCUCAUCAUGAAGGGAAAAGAGCAAUCUAGUUCUUCAGCGUGGGCUCAUUCCCAUGAAUUGUGGUCCUUCCCACCCAAGUUUCCUCUUGUGUCUGCACAUGUGCCACACAGGUUACUGGAUCAACAUACUGGGGUUUUGUGUGUGAUUUUUCCUUCUUAUUCCCCUGCCCCCCAAAUUAUUUAUGGCUUAUUUUGUGGAUUUUUAAUCUGAGAUGCCGUUUUCUGUAGACCUUUUUCUCUCAUGACAACGGAGGAAUUUGCCACAAUACCCAAGAUUUCAAGAGGCCUCUUAAACUUGGGGGCACGUCUGCCUCCUUGAGACAUAUGGUUAUGACAGACUCUGACUGAGGCAGUUGCUAAGAAUCUGGGAUGUUCUCCAGUUGCUGUGAAGAAAAUGUUCUUUUCUUCUUGUGCCUCUUCCUUUCACUCAUUUCCACCAAGCCAAGGGAGGUGAGAAGAUGCUGAAGGAACAUGUCAGCUUUGCCUCUCUGGUCCAUCAUCUGCUUUGCAUAUAGACGGAAAGAGUUUGCCAGUGGCUGAGAACGGCAAAAGAUCAUCAUGAAGCUGCUGUUAGAGCAAAAUGAAGAACCUGGACCAAAAAAAAAAUCCAUUGGAUGAGUUCCUUCUCCACUUCUGUUCACAGUUUUUUACCUGCCCCAAUUUUCUCCUAGCACUUACCCAAAAUAAUGGUCAGAAUUUUAAGCAGAAUUUAUAUGCUUGGUUGCCUGCCAUGUAUUCUGAUUGCAGAAGAUAUCCUUCAGAUUGGAGCUUUCAUGACAAACAUGUACAGUCAUUUCUUUAUUGGAGCUUUCAUGACAAACAUGUACAGUCAUUUCUUUAUCAUUUGAUUUGUGCAAGCAUUCACCACUUUUUCUUGCUUCUGCCAGUGUU